AUGGGUGCUUCCGAAGGAAGCAGAAAGCCCCAUGAUGAGCUGCCCGACUCCAAAGUGUUGGAUGAGGUCGGCGAUGUUCUCAUUAAGGACGAGGACGGGAAGGAACUCCCUUUGAAAUCACUCUACAUGGACAAGCCCGGAGAUGAACGCCAGCUUCUUAUCUUCGUCCGCCAUUUCCACUGGGCUCCGGAUUUCAAGGCAUACCAUGGCCACAUUAUGACCUACUCUUCGCUGUAUCAGCAUGUAGCUAAUACCUUGUGCAUGCUCACUGGCCCAAGCUACCGGACAAUUUCAGAACUGACCUGGGCCCAACAGAGCUGCCAGCAGUACGUGGAGGCGCUCAUGAAAGACCUGACGCCUGAGAAGCUGUCCAAAGCCAAAAUCAGCCUCACGAUCAUCGGCAGCGGGGAGGCCAUCUGCAUCCCAGACUACGCCAAAGCCACUGGGUCCGCGUUCCCCAUCUACACGGACCCGAGCGUGCAGACCUAUAAGAAAUUGGGAAUGAUCUCGUCCCUCCGGCCGGGGACCACGACGCCAUCCUACCUCAAGAAGAGUACGCUGGACAAUUUUGUGAGUUCAACGUGGGCAUUAGCCACCUCCGGGCACAUUCUUUCUGGCGGGCCUAAGGCGCAGAAUGGGGGAGAGUGGCUGUUCCAGGGAGGGGAGCUGAAGUGGUUUCAUAGGAUGAGAAACUCGUCCGACCAUACUGAGACGGAGGAGUUGAAGAAGGUACUAGGGUUGACUUGA